AGAGAGAAAAAGAGAAGGCCAUAGACAGACAACAAACACACAUGCAACAAAUGAAAAAAGCGAGAGAAACUGAAGUGAGAGAUGGAGGGCGGAGAGGGUCACAGUGAUGCUUCGAGUUGACCACAGAACCGGUGAACUGCCACUGCUUCCGUGACGCCACAUCGCACAGUUCCUCAGCUCAGCUACAGACCUACAACAGACGCACACAGAGAGAAAGUGAAAGAUGGACUCCUUUCAGAAGCCCACCGAUCUCCCCUAUCUCUGACAUGACUGAAGGAGCUGCUGUGUCACACAUCAUGCCAUGGACGCCCAAGCCCACAUUCUGAGGGACUUAUUGGCCAAAAUUGCCAGCAAAGAAGCAGAAGAGGAAGGGGCAGAGAAUGGUUUUGCCGGAGAGUUUUUGAAACUGAAGAGACAGUCUACUAAAUACCGCGCUGAGAGGACGUACCCCACCUCAGCCGCGGACAAACAAGACAAUGUGAAGAAGAACAGAUACAAAGACAUUGUUCCCUUUGAUCACAGCAGAGUAAAGCUCUCCUUCGUCACAUCCAAGCAUGACACAGAUUACAUCAAUGCUAGUUUCAUUAAGGGAGUGCUGGGCACUAGGGCGUAUAUCGCCACACAAGGCCCGCUGCCAAACACUGUGCUCGACUUCUGGAGGAUGCUGUGGGAAUACAACGUACAGGUUAUUGUGAUGGCUUGCCGGGAGUUUGAAAUGGGAAGAAAAAAAUGUGAGCGUUACUGGCCGGAGUCAAAGGACGAUGUGUUCGUGUGUGAGCCCUUUACCAUUCACUAUGAGUCUGAUGAGAAUAAGGGAGAAUAUUUAACACGGACGCUGAAGGUGAAAUUUAAACAAGUGUCUCGGACACUGAAGCAGCUGCACUAUGUGAACUGGCCGGAUCACGGAGUACCCGACUCCAUUCCUGCCAUCCUGGAGCUGCUGCAGGACAUGAGGAUCUACCAGGAUCACGAUGAGAUUCCCAUCUGUAUUCACUGCAGUGCAGGCUGUGGAAGAACAGGUGCUUUGUGUGCCAUUGACUACACCUGGAAUCUCCUGAAGAGACAGAUGAUACCAGAGAAUUUCAGUAUCUUUGAACUGGUAAAGGACAUGCGCACACAGAGGCCCUCUGUGGUUCAGACUAAGGAACAAUACGAACUAGUAUACAGGACCAUAAAAUUGCUGUUUGAGAGAUAUCUAGCAGCAAUGGAUCAACCAAACAGAGAGGUCCCAGCUUCCCUUUCUCCUGUGAUCUUAAGUAGCGGAAGUGAGCUCUCGGAUUUCAGCGACUCUGAAUCAGAGACUGGGACAGACUUCACAGCAUUGCUUCGAACUGAGCACAGGAAUGAAGAGAUGGAAAUGCCUGUACUCAAUCACUUCACACACAAUGCCCCUUCUUGGCUACAGCCUCAUCCAGAACCAUUCAGUCAAGAGGUCAUCUCCACAAAACUCAAUCCUGCAGACACGCUCAAUACAAAGAGUGAAUGGACCCAGAUUACAGACCAGAGGUCGUUCAUAGCAGCAACUCCUCAAACAGACCUUACAACCUGUGGAUCUCAGAGAGCCGAGCCAUCCAUCAGCUUUACCACUGAUCUCACCCACGCUGCAUGCUCGAACUAUCCCAUCAGCCCAACUACGAGGCAUGUGAUGUUUGCAGAGAACCAAGAUGUUAGUCCUGCUGCCACAGACCACAACCCUAUCAUCCCUAGCACUGUCUGCUACACUGUGGAAGAUCCUUAUUUUGGGCCCGAGUCUCCACCACUUUGCAACAACCACAGCGCUUUGGACUCUAUAAUUCAUGAUGAGUGGAAGGAGAGCCCUUGUUUCACAAUACCUAGUUUAACGCUUAAUAAUCAGGUGUUAGAACUUCCAACACAUGACUGCAAUGACAAAGGUACAAACAGACCUUCAUCUGAUGAAGACACUCCUCCUCCUUUACCAGACCGAACCCCAGAGUCAUUUAUUCUGGCAGAUGAAAUGAACGAUAUCAGUGAAAACACUGAGAUGUUGACAUUGGUGAUGCCAGCCAGCUCAGAGUCUGAGAGCGUCAUUAAAGACAGCCCACCUUCACCUGUGCCCCCACUGCCUGAGAGAACUCCAGAGUCUUUUGAAAUGGCCACAGAUGAGGCUUUGGUAGAAAACGUGAUGCAGGAAAAGCCGCAGGACGUUGUAAUGAGAGUUGGAAAAUCUCUAGAGUGGUCUGGGCAAUCAAAUGAGGCUCAGGCAGACAAGAAACGAUCUUGGUCCAGAAGCAAGAGCUUGAAACUUAGAAUGUCGCUUCCUGCUGCCGCAUUAUGUGCUCCACUCAGUCCUAUUCCGAUCACAAGUCACAGUCCUCCUCCUCUACUGUACAAACAUCCUCAAGAAUCUCUGCUGCACGCCCCGGCUCCACGUGAGCAGGCAUUCACCUCGGUUCCCGGGACAGAAAGUAUAACUCCACCUCCUGAAAGGACUCCAGAAUCUUUUAUUUUUCACACGGAGAAAGUGGCCGACGGCAGCGCCCCCUGUCAGCCAGCUAAGGCAGAGCAGCCCAGACCGAGAGUGGGCACGUCCUCUGAAUGGUCAGGCAGCUCCCAGCCCAGAUCAUCCAUAGAGCAUUCUUGGAGCAGAAGCAAGAGCGUCAGAGCAAAAAGUUCAAAACAAGAGACUCUAUCUGUGGCUCCGCUGACUCUGCCUGUCGCUGUAACCAUAGCAACUGGAGGACAAGCAGAGCUCCAGACGGCAGCCAGCAGCCAGCCGAAAGCAACGGGACCAACAGAGAACCAGGAUAAGGGUGGAGAGAAAACUUCUCUGGUCAGCAAGGCCAGGACCAAGAGUAUCAAGUUUUUGAAAGGAAAGCAGAAGACAAAAAUAUCCCCGCCUCCGAUCCCGCCCCCAGCCCCGCCUUCAGGCCAGUCUCCAGCCCCGCCUCAGUCUGCUCUACCGCCCUAUGGUGCCGCUGUUGGGUUCUUAUUUUCUUUUGGAUCUCGUUUUGGGAAACCAAAAGGCCCACGAAAUAAGCCAGGAACAUGGGUCUAGUUUACACCGAAGGUGAAAGAAAAGGAAAAGGGCCUCGCAGGACAGUUGAAAAGAUGAUUUACUGUCACUGUGGCUUUGAAGGAUAGAAGCGCAACAUCGUACCUCACUCAGAAGAUGGACAUACAUAAAGACUGUGCUUUUAUCAAUGACUUUGACAUUUUGUAAAGGUAUAAUGCAAGCGAACUGCCUUUUUAGACUUUAAAUAUUAAGGAGCGUCGCAACUUUAUGCGACUUAAAUGUAUAUUAAAAUUAUUGCAGAUGUGUAACUAAUGACAAGAUAACACAAGGGAUGAAUGUACUGAAAAGUAGAAACUUCCAUAAUCUCAUAGGUAACAUUUUAAUGUAUUUUAUAAUAUAUAGCACCGCAGGUAACCAAGGCCAAUCAAGAUUUUCUAUGUGACACAUCGAUGCACUUCGUCACAGUGCAUUUGGUGCCAUCUGAAAGGGAUGAAAUUGCUUUUUCUUAUUUCUAUAUUUCCAAUUUCUGAUACAGUGAAACUCUUGGUACACUCAUAAAAUGGUUUAUUUAAAAAAAUACAGAAAAAAGUCUAUGCAUUCCAUUGCAUUUUUACACAAUUGAAAAGAUCCACGUGACAGUUCUAUUAAAUGUAACUUAGCAUUUACAAAACAUUACUUUGACUAUGUUCAUAAAUGACAUCUAAUUAGUCCUUAAAAAUCAAUGAAAUCAAAAACCUUUAUACAAAUAUCAAACAGAGCAAAUAAUGAAUCAAACACACAGAGCAUGCCUUGAUCCCUAAGUGGAUUUUUCCUAUAUUACAAACGACCAUCGAUACCUGAUCAACACAAAAAAAGAAAACUAGCUGCCAAAAUUCAGAAGAAACAUAGAACACUAAACAACAUGUUUAUUUCAAUAUAACAUGAAACCGUAAGGUAUAAAAGCAUAAUGUGAUGCAGAGCUGAAAACAUGUCUGAAACGGUAUAUAUGGGAAGAUUCAUCGUAAUAGAUUUUACUGGUAAAGACACCAAUAAAAAAGGUCUUUAAAAAAUUAGUAGAGUAAGUAUUCUAGGCGAAAGGAGGAAAUGAUCUUUUCUUUCAUUAAAAUGUUAAACUGCAGAACAUGUAACUAAGGAAAAGCCAUUGUAUACUAUAGGGAAAAUUAUUUUUGUUUCGGCUUUCACACCUGCCUUUAUAAUACUAAUCCUAAUUAAAGAUUUCUGGGAAACAUA